CGAUACUUCUCAUAGAUUUUCUAUGAGUAGAUGAAUAGUCUAGAGAACAUGCAAUUGCAAAAUGGCAGCUUUUGAAAGAGUGAAACAAAACAUUUCUAACGUCAUAUGUUUCUCUUAUUGUGAGCUAUUUAUUUAAUUUUAGUCACCAUCAAAGCAAUGGAGGAAGACUAUAUACCAUCUUUGUUUGACAAAGACGAAGAGGAGGGGUACGGACCAACAGACUUACUGGGUCAGUUAGAGAACUUCAGACAACAAUGGAAGCAAGAGUUAAUGAAAAAACACAAUGAUACCAAUGAUAGUAAUACUAAUGCUAAUCAGACUCCUACUGUGGAGGAAGAGGCCAAGUUUUUGUUUUACAAAGGAAUGAAACUAGAGCAGUCUGGACACUUAUAUGAAGCCAUAAAGUAUUACAGAGAAGCCACACACCUUGAUUCAGAGAUAGAAUUCAAAUGUUAUUCUAGUGGUAAAAGUCCAAGAGAGAGACAAGAAAGUGAAAGUUCAGUUGGAAGUAUUGACCAGGAUGAGAUUCUGGACGAUGAUCUGGUGACACACUUCCAAAAACUUCAGAUUGACCACAGGAAAAUAUGUCAACAACAGUUUGAACAGAAUGCUACCCACAUAUCUGUCUUACCAGUAGAACUGCUGAUUUAUAUCUUCAAAUGGGUUGUCUCCCCUGAUUUAGACAUCAAACAGCUGGAGAUUCUGUCAGAGGUGAGCAGAGGGUUCCAUAUUUGUGCCCGAGAUGAUGGAAUAUGGAGGCAGAUUUGUUCACGAACCUGGGGCCCAAACACUGGGAAACUGAGAAAGUAUGUCUCGUGGAGAAACAUGUUUAUUAAUAGACCACAUGUACUGUUUAAUGGUUGCUACAUCAGUAGGACAUCCUAUAUGAGGGUAGGAGAGAAGAGUCUGGACUCAUUCUACAAACCAUGGCACCUCGUGGAAUAUUUCAGAUACAUGAGAUUCUUCCCAGACGGUGUUAUGUUGAUGAUUUCCAGUUCAGAAGACCCCUAUACAACACUGUCAAAACUGAGGUCCCAAAGUACUAGGGAGCAGGGACUGUUGAUUGGGCGUUACAGAUUCAAUGGAGACAGGAUAACUUCUGUUUUGAAGAGAGUUAAAACAAAAGACAGCACAUUGAAUUACUACCCACGGAAAAGACAACCACGACAACAAAUAGAUCCAAAUGAAAUGGAACAAACAUUUCAAGUGGAAAUGGAAAUCCAGAAUCAUAAAGACAGAUGUCAUGCUAAACUUGUAUGGCUUCAUUAUUCUGUUACAACAUGUUAUAAGGCAACUGGACAGCUGAAUGAAACCGAUUUUGAACUAAACAACAAGAAUUACCCCCCUUUGUUAUUCUCUCGUGUCCUAAGUUACACUGCUGAAUCUGAAUCACCUCUUGAGUGAAGCAGAUAUCAGGAUCAUCUGAACACUUUAACCCUGACAACUUGAUCACUAGAAUGUUUGAAGUAUAGCACCAUUGUUGAUAACACUUUAUUCAUGUACCUGGUAGAUUUUCAUGUUUUGUUUGGAACUUUUUAUUUUGAUAACUUUUAGGAACCUGCAUUCAUGUUUUUAAUUUUUUUUAUUGAUUAUCAUUUUAUAUGUUAUAACCAGAUUUCACACUAUUGUAAUAUUGGAUUGAAGUUGUUGAUUGUAUCAAGAGACCAUUAUUUUUUGUAAUGUUUACAAAGUGUUAUUUAGAGAUGCAUAAGCUUGACAUACAAGAAUCAAAUAUCAUUAUGAGUUCAAGUUUGUUAAUGAAAUUUUCAAACGUCCUGAAUAAAUCUAUCAAGCAUUGAUAACAUUGACACAAUUAAAUAAUGUUUAAAAUACUAAAUUUUAGAUUUUAAAGGUUUUGACUUCCAGAGAAUUAACAAACUUAUAAAUGCAUGUGUAUGAUUUUAAUUUAAAUAAUGUAUUUAAUUGUCUUAUAAUGUAACAUGUAUUGCAUUUGUAAUGGAAUGUGCUUCAAAUUGGAUUUUUUUCCCUUUAUCAGAAAAAGGCCAUAAAAAAGUCCAAUAAAAAAUGUACUUAAUGCAUUACACAUAUAUUUGAUAGGUUCAAUUAUUAGUAAAGUAUAAAUUAUAUAGUUGAUCAAGUUAUCUCAAUUAGAAAAUCUUUAUAUUUAAUUUCUUGUUCAGUUCAGCCGGUAAAACUUCCAUGUUUUCUUUUUAUUAAAUUCCUGUGGUACAAUUCGAUUCCAAGUGUAAAUUUUAUUUUAUGUGUUGUUUAUUUUUGUGUUAAGUUUGUGGCAGCAGUCUAAGGUGAUUUCAAUGGUAUAAUAAAGUUUUUCACUAUCAUUUAGAAAAGUUCAGGUUUUGAUUCAAAAAGCAAGUUACGGUAAAUUUAGAAUUUUUGCCACGUUUUAUUAAUGCAACAAAUUAAAUGCAGCAGUAUUGAUUGACAAUAAUACAAAUUUGCAUUCAUUAUUUCAGAAGUAUUUUCUGUCUUAAAAAUUUUUGCAUUCACAUUAAUAAGAUUAUGCAAUUUUGCCAAAAAUUCAAGAAUUUGCAAUAAAAAAUGUUUGCAUUUAUUCAUGAAUUUACACUAUAUGAUUCAUUGUUAUAUUUAACUAUUCUCCUUAUAAUGCAAUUCUAGUUGUGUUAAAUAUAUUUAAAGCAUAUAAUGAUAAUUUUUAUAUGAAGAAACAAGUUUACCAUUGAAAUCACCCAAGAUAUAUCUGUAUAUAUUUUAUUUAUUGUUACAAUGUGUAAAUAUUUGGUUAUUAGUAUUUGCUUUAUGUUUAGUUGUCAAUGAAAAUAUAAGUUAUUAAAUUGAUGCUUGGGUCGUAUUGCUUUUUUAACAGAUGAUUUUGUUUGUAUGUAAUAUCUUCAAUAGUUAACACAGUGGAUCACAUUUUUUUCUAAAAAUGUUAUUUGAUUGUCCAAAAAAUGUAUAAAGCAUCUGUUGUUUACAUUUGGAUGGUGAAUGUGUGCUGAUUAUGUCAAUGAUUGUAAAGUAUCAUGUUAUUUUCACAAAACAAAGAUAUUUUUUAUUUAGGGGCCAGCUGAGGCCCACCUACGGGUGGAGGAUUUUCUCACUGCGUUGAAGACCCAUUGGUGACCUUCCGCUGUUGUCUGCUCUUUGGUCAGGUUGUUGUCUCGUUGACAUAUUCCCCAUUUCCAUUCUCAAUUGUAUUUUCAUAUUCCUAACUUUUGACUCUGGAAAAUUUAUUUUAUUAUCAGGUUGUCUUCUAAAAUAGAACAUCCUGGUUCUCUGUCGAAAAAGAGCAUCCCAAAGAAUUAAAAUCAAGCACAUAACUGGUGCAUUUUAGGGGAAAGUUUAUUGUUUUUGAUGAUUGAUGUAUGUAGGUAACAUCAAACAGUAGAUUUUAACCCUAAUUGUAAUAUUGUAAUCAUUUUUUUUUAAGUUGCGCUAACCUACAACAGAAAAGGUAACAUGUCUAAAAAAAAUAUAAACUCUGGAGUUAAAAGUUAGUAGUAUGAAAAUAUUCUAUUGGAAUUUUUAUUUUUUUUAUUUUUUGCAUGAUAAUGGUAAUAUCAGUGGUAUUUUACAGUAAUACCAUAUUUUAUGUGGGUUAAGCUGAAAUGCAAAUCUGGCCAUGUGUAUUUAAUGACAAACCAUUCAAGUGGAAUUUUUUAUAAAAGUUUUUCACAGUUUCUGCAUUCCACCUUUAUUGCUGUAAGUAUAAAGGUUUUUAAUGCAGCAAUAUUUGAUACUGAAUUUGUAUUGAAUUUAGAAAUCAGAUUUAUUAUGUUAAUGCUGUUAAAUUGUGUUAAAACCGGAGAGUUUUAAUAAAGUAUGGCAGAUAUCAGAAAAGUUUUAA